UGGCAACUGCUGAGUCAUCCUCCCCAGUCUGCAGCAGUCCUCGAAUUCCAUCUUAGUACGUAGGGCCUUGCAACACCCGUCAAUAUUGAUAUUGAUGCUUCCAUUCACUUUAUUAGCUUCCGCACAACUGGGGGUAGGGGGGCUUCAUCUCUGGAAGUGAGGAAGUGCAAAGAGCAGGCCUCCGAAUGGGAAAUCUACCCACAACGGUUAAGCACUGCCUGAGCUACGAGCAGCUCGUCCAGGACUAUCCAUGGCUGAGACGCUGGCUGCUGGAAGAGGCAGAGACUGCUUCAGAGUAUCCAAAGUGUGUGAAAAUAGUUGAAGUUGGGCCCAGAGAUGGACUCCAAAACGAAAAGGAAAUUGUUGCAACAGGCGUGAAAAUCCAACUGAUAGACAUGCUCUCGGGAUCAGGCCUGCGUGUGAUCGAGGCCACCAGCUUUGUCUCCUCAAAGUGGGUACCGCAGAUGGCCGACCACACUGAGGUUCUCACAGGAAUCCAGAGAGCACCUCAUGUUCAGUACCCGGUAUUGACACCCAACAUGAAAGGCUUUCAAGACGCUGUUGCAGCAGGCGCUAAUGAAGUGGCAGUGUUUGGCUCAGCAUCUGAGACCUUCUGCAAAAAAAACAUAAAUUGCUCUAUCGAUGAAAGCAUGAAGAGGUUUGAUGAAGUCGUCAAGGGCGCCAAAGAACUAACAAUUCCAGUCCGCGGAUACGUUUCCUGUGCCCUUGGAUGCCCUUAUGAAGGACACGUUGAACCAUCCAAAGUUGCCGAGGUGGCCAAGAGAUUAUAUGAGAUGGGAUGCUAUGAGGUCUCGCUGGGGGACACCAUCGGCGUGGGCACUCCAGGUUCCAUGUGUAAGAUGCUGCAGAGCGUAAUGAAGGACGUUCCGGCGAGCGCUCUUGCAGUUCACUGCCAUGACACGUACGGCCAAGCGUUGCCAAACAUCCUCACCGCACUUCAGAUGGGAGUGCGCGUAGUGGACUCCGCAGUGGCCGGUCUGGGAGGUUGCCCGUACGCUCAGGGUUCAUCUGGCAAUGUUUCAACAGAGGAUGUUCUCUACAUGCUCCAUGGCAUGGGCAUCCACACUGGGGUAAACCUUGCCAAAGUCCUGGAGGCAGGUGACUUCAUCUGCACUGCUUUACAUCGCAGGACAAACUCCAAGGUUGCUCAGGCAAGAAGCAGAAAGCCAUGAUCUUGUUUCUUUCACACAUUUGACUUGAUUUGAUGAUGAGUGCUUUGCCUCUUCUUUCUGUCUUAAAUUCUUUGUGUAGGGAUUUUAAUGUGCAUCUGCCUGGUUUGCACUUCAACUAGUUUAAAGUGUAUCUGACAUUUAAAGUAUGUUUAAUUCAAAUAAUCGCUCUCUGUUAAUAAUGUCAACUGCAUUUAUUUGGCCAUUGCAAACGAUCCUCAAGCUCUAAAUUAGAACUGGAAUUCUGGUUUGCAUACUAAAAGAAGUUGCAGAUGCCCUUUUUCCAGGCUGCAGUCAUCCUUCUACUUCUACUACAUCUUAGUCACAUUCAUAUCACGAAUAAUCUCAGCAGAAGGUUAGUACCUAAUUGCUUUUUGCAUAGUUGUUUCCACUGGUAUUUCAUUACUGGAAAUAGAAAAAAAUGCUACCUUUCAGUCUUUUUAAUUAGGAACUUUUCCGAAUUCAGGUCAGAGUCUGUAGAGUUUCUCCUCAGGAUUGUCAAACAUCAUUCGAAACGUGUGCACUCAUUAUUUAUUGUUAUUGUUUUGUUUUAACUAGGGAUCAGAGGUUUAGGGGUGUCGAGCUCCCGGCCAGGCAAAAUAAAUUUCACUGUUUUGUACGUUGUAUCGCUAUUUCUAGUAAAGAGAAGCAUAACUGUUUUUGUUCAAAUAUUUAGUUUCAACCACUUGACUUGCUUGUUUAUUUAAAAGCACAUAUAGUUUAAAAAAAAACAACUCAAAAUUUAGGGGUGCUGUUAUCCAAUUUAGGGAUGCUUGAGCACCCCCCAAAAACAGCUUGGCUUCUCUUGACAUGCCCAUAAAUACCAGAUAGCCAACAAGGAGCUGAGCAGUGUAUCUGAAGGCACAUUUCACACUGACAAUAACAAAACACCCCUAACGAGGAGAGGAGGAUCAUCAGCAGCUGGAUCAAAUCUCUUCAAAAACAAAGACAGAAUUCUAAAAAAAAAAAAGAAAAAGAAAUGUGUAAAAUGUGGUACACAAUGAAAGACACCAAGCAAAUUAAGAGAGCACCAAUAAAACAUUUUCUAUUACUAACAAUUUCUACAGGCAUUUUAUAAAAUAUCGAUGCAAGGUCAUUGGGCAAACAUUGUCUGUCUCAUCCAUUUGGAGUAUUUAGAUAAACAAGAAGAUGAAACAACAUAGUGCAGCCAGUAAGAGUGUGAUCAGAAUGCCUUAAGUGCAGUUCUUCUUUUAAUGUGGAUAUGUGGCAAUGUUCUGAUAAAACCGCCGCUGUUGUAGAACAUUUGGGAUAUUAUGAACGUUCAUUUUUCAGGUUACACUGUAGCACCUAUUGUGGGUGCCUGUAAUUAGUCAAGUAUUUGGACCGUCUCACCCAAUGUUUCCCGACCACUACACAUUAGGCUUCUAUGAGACAUGGCUGGGAAUUUAUUCAAUUUCACUUAACUGGUCUGAAAUGUAUUGUUUAAGCUUUAUUGGAGCUUUUCAAACAGGACUGCUAAAAAAAAAACUAAAAAAGAGGAUGACUCAGAGUUGCUGAAUAAGAGCUCUGUGUGUCUUUCAUCAAUUCUAUGUGAGUACAACAGUUUUAAGCUCAACCAAACAGGCCAGAAUUUCACACAAAUCAGGGCCGACUUCAUUCGCCGCCAAUCAAAGCGGCGCCUCUCAUUCCCUUUUAAAUGUGGUGCAAUGACUCUGUGCGGAAGAGGAGGAUGUGUAAUCGCAGCAAUGCAUGCACGAGUGGAGCGUUGUCAGUGCUCUUGGCUGGGGUGGCAACAGACAUUCUUAGUGGUAUACGCUUAUUAAAUUAAUAAUAAACUGAUGAUAACUGCUGACGACUUAAAGAUGUCCGUGGACCUCAGUAUCUGACUGCCUAUGCCGCAAUCAAAUUCACCAAAAUAGCGUUAGAAUAGCAGUCUACCUUAUGCCAGAAUUUAGACGUGGUCUGAGCGUGCAUAAGUUUAGAUGGACUUUCAGCCACCAAAUUGUCACUCAGCCAGGCGCAUCUCCAAGGACACACCCUCACCGCCCCGGAACGGCCAGCUUGGCACAGACAGGUCUGCCAAAUUGGCAAAGACACAGAGUGAUGAUAGUCGACCGGCAUUUGCGCCCCACUGCAGAUGUCUACGAAUAUAGAGCCCCGACUAUGUAACUUCGUGAAUAAAUUAAGAGAUCAUUGUUAUGUCAGUAUAUAUAUUUUUUGUGGCAUUUUCGUGCGGUGAUGUGCCAUGAGAUUUUUGUGCCUUUGUUCAAUAAAUGUUGAAAAACACUGGUCUAA